CGCUGCUAAAAUCUCACCAAACCCCCGCACUGCUCCUCGCCGCCGCCACCUCGACCACUCCACCGCUCUCCAGCUCCCUUCCCCCGCGAAGGUUCUGGAAGCGGCCCGUUCCUCCUUCUAGAUCCUCCUCGAGAUGCAGAGCGCCGCGGCCUUCCGGCCAUGCCCCACCCGGCCGCUCCAGAGCCCAAACCCUAGCCGGCCCCUCCUCCCGGCCCGCCUGCUCCGCGUCUCCUCCUCCGCCUCCGCCGCUUCCACCCGAUGCGGCGCCGUGAGACCGCGCCCCUUCGGGCCUGGGCUGCUUCCGAUGUCGCCGGAUCGGGAAAGCCGGGUCCGCCUGCGCCAGGUGGCGUGCAGCGCGGCCGGGGACGCAGCGCCCGCCAAGCCGGAGGAGGAAGGCGGGCUCGUGAAGACGCUGCAGCUCGGCGCGCUUUUCGGGCUCUGGUACCUCUUCAACAUCUACUUCAACAUCUACAACAAGCAGGUCCUCAAGGUUUUCCCAUACCCAAUAAACAUUACGACAGUUCAGUUUGCUGUUGGGACUGUGGUUGCUUUGUUCAUGUGGAUCACUGGUAUUCUUAAGCGACCAAAGAUUUCUGGUCCACAGCUUGUAGCCAUCCUUCCUCUGGCUAUGGUCCAUACCAUGGGCAACCUUUUCACAAACUUGAGCCUUGGGAGGGUUGCAGUGUCAUUUACGCAUACCAUCAAGGCUAUGGAACCUUUCUUUUCAGUUCUUCUAUCGGCAAUUUUCCUUGGCGAGUUACCUACUGUUUGGGUUGUACUAUCUCUUCUUCCAAUUGUUGGUGGUGUGGCAUUGGCAUCUCUUACUGAGGCUUCCUUUAACUGGAUCGGUUUUUGGAGUGCAAUGGCUUCAAAUGUUACCUUCCAGUCUCGGAAUGUACUGAGCAAGAAGCUUAUGGUUAAGAAAGAGGAAUCUCUGGACAACAUUAAUCUCUUCUCGAUCAUUACAGUGAUGUCAUUUUUCCUAUUGGCCCCUGUAGCCUUCCUAACAGAAGGCAUCAAAAUCACUCCUACAUUUUUGCAAUCUGCUGGUCUGAAUGUAAAACAGGUACUUACAAGGUCUCUGAUUGCUGCACUUUGUUUCCACGCAUACCAACAGGUAUCGUACAUGAUUCUCGCGAGGGUGUCCCCUGUUACUCAUUCUGUGGGCAACUGUGUUAAGCGUGUUGUGGUCAUUGUAACAUCAGUUAUGUUCUUCAGGACACCUGUUUCUCCUAUCAACUCUAUCGGUACUGCGAUUGCACUGGCUGGAGUUUUUCUGUACUCACAACUGAAGAGACUCAAGCCCAAGCCAAAGACUGCUUAAAUAGAGAUCGUGUUUUCCAUUUCUAUUAUGCGUCUACUGAGCCGAAUUAUGUAAGCACGCCUUGGAGUUAUUUGCUUUUAGUGUAGAACUGUUUUUCUUGAAGCAAUACAAAACCAGUGUUAGGGUUAUUUGUGGUCUAACUGUUUCAUCAAGGCAAGUUUUGAAAUUUUUAUGUGAGAAGUACAUGAGCAGCAUCUAAGUUCCCAUUUGUAUGGUUGCUGGUGUGUCAAUAAAGGUUGUUUUAUUGCUAA